GUUGUAGUAGAAUUGGGAGGUGGGGAAUUGCCACAUGAAAGGGACGAAACAUGGUUUUAAAAAACAGGGGGAGAAAAGUCAAGCUUUAGAUUAUGCAAAAUAACAUGUAAAAAAAUCUUUGACAACAAAUGAUCUCUGGGUUUCCGCGCCUUUUUUACUUUUUGAAUAUACACACAUACAUGUCCGUUGCUUCCGAUCCCGAAGAAACGCAAGACUACAACAACAAUAAUGACAUUGACGAGACUGAAUCGGUAGCACCAACAUUCAAUAUCGACAAUUUGCCUCCGUCUUUUAAAAAGUUCCUACAAGACAAUGCGAUCGAUCCAAAAGUGUACACUGUGACGGAUCUACCACGAUACAUACGACUCAACACCCAUUGUCCUGCCAACACAUUGCCAACAUUAAACGAUCUGAAAAUCCAACUUGACACGCAGCAAGUAUGGCAAGUCAAGGAUGGAAUAUUUGGGUUCAUACAUGCCAAACAACGACUGGUCGAUAUCAAGGCAUACACAAACCACACGGUGUUUGGUAUCGAUUUGAGUUCUGCCAUGGCUGUAGAAGCGCUUGAUCUUACACCUGAUGACCAAGUACUUGAUCUCUGCUGUGCACCUGGCGCCAAACUUUGCAUGAUUGCAAAUAAACUCGGGAAUGAUGGUGUGGGCACAGUGACAGGUGUGGAUAUUGCCAAACAUCGUUUGGCAACGUGUCGAUCCAUGGUCAAGAAGUAUAGUGUCGGCAAUCGUGUUCGGUUAUUUGAUGCUGAUGGUACGACUUUUAAGAUUCCACCACCGGCUCGCGUGGGGGGUCGAUUGAUUGUCGGAGGCUGCAGUAGUACCUCAAAGGAGGAGGAUGAUCAUCAUGCAACAACAACAACAGCAGCAGCAGCAGACAGCAGCAGCAACAAUAACGAUGGUAGUGAACCAGUGACCAAAAAACGACGGAAAAAUACUAGUACGACGAAGCCCUUUUGGGCGUCCAAGUUUUUACGUAACGAUACCCAAGACUCGCCUCAUCUUUAUGAUAAGGUUAUAGUCGAUGCUGAAUGUACACAUGACGGAUCCAUCAGUCAUAUACUAAAGUACGAAACGUGGGGCUGGGAUGCAUUCGAAAAGAACUUUAUGAACCCUGAUCGGCUAUCGACUAUUUGUGAAUUACAGGUAGAGAGACAAGUCUUUCGACAUCCUGCUAUUACUGCUAUUGAUCACUCGUGUGUAUGGACUAUUUAGCGCAACUUGAUGAAACAAGGCUGGCAAAUGCUCAAACCAGGCAAGACCAUGGUGUACAGCACCUGUUCUUUAACCAUUGAACAAAACGAAGGAAACGUGGCAUGGUUUUUGAAAAGGUUUCCAGAUGCCCAAAUACAACCUGUCGAUAGUCUGCAUAUUCCUCGAGCAGCAUUGAAAAUAGAGGGUUUAUCACAAUGUGUACGGUUUGAUCCACUUGUA